GUAUCGCGGGUCUGUGAGCUGCCCCCCGUCCAUCGCACGUCUCUGGUGACGCCGGAUGCCUCACGGGCGGUCGAAUUGACAGGCAACGGCCGGCUCUCAGUGGAGGGACGCUAGCCUGCGGGCGUGGCUAGGCUGGACUGAAUACGAGAUUCCCAUCGCACAGCGCGCGCUGCCCCAAUGGCAGGCCGCGAUGACAGGUGACACUCGGAACACGAGCCCACGGAAUGUCUUUCGGCACGUGGCACACCCACACCAUUGUCCAAGAUGUAUUGACUCCGGAAAGACGGGGUGUGCCAGAUGACUGACUGUUUGGAUAUAAAGCCACUUGCCUGUUCCUGCUGUGACUACUUCUAGCCGAUGAGAGUAAGGUUGACCGUGGCACAGCAAGACAACUCCCGCCGAUCCGCAGAAGCACAACCGCGCUUCCAAGUGUCUGUCUAUAGGCUCUCACGCAAAGCAAAAAUAGACAUGCUUGCAUUCCUUCCGCUCGCGCUGCUGCUGUCUCUGGCGGCAGCCGCCGGCCCUGUGGCCAACCGCGGCCACGAUGGCGAUGGCCAUGGCGAUGACAGGUGCGGCGCGAAACCGUCGCGCGACGGCCAGUGCUGGAAGGACAUGCUGAAGCUGCAAUGGACGGUGCACGGCUUCGACUACCACGCGUCGUACGUCUUCUCGACGCCGGCGCACCAGAACUCGUGGGGCUACGCCAGCUUCAACCUGACCAGCAAUGCCGUGCCGUCGUACACGGCCGCCUGCACCGCAUCCAGCAGCCAACUAUCCAGCUUUUUUUAUGGGAUUGUUGUGUAUAAAUGCGUCUUGCCGGCCACGGCGCCCGCCGGUGCCGCCGCGAGCUUCCGCUUUAAUUCCCUGACGGGCGAGUUGGACAUUGAUCAGACGGUCGUCUGCCGCGAGAAGAACACGCAGGCGUCGUUCACCGCGUCCGGCUCAACUAACCUCACGCUGAGCUGCACCGAUACCAGGACGGUGAAUCAGAACUGGACCAUUGGCGAGAUCUAUAGCGACGAGGAGAUUAAGUGCGCGCCCGUCGACGUCACGUUCAGGCCAAGCCAGGUUGUUGCGUAGCGUGACGUUGUCUUGGUUGGUGGGUGACUCUGGUGACGUUGACUAGUUUCUGAUAGCCAUGACGACUUGCAGUAUAGGGUUUGUAGGUUAAUUAAGUCAGGUGGGGGACUUUUGGAACACCCCUGCCUAUGGAACAGCCCCUGAAUCGGACCCCGCACAACACCACAAACUUCAAUUGCCAACAACUUUGUCAAUUAAUUAGCUACAAUAAUGAAGUCUUCAGUAUCGGA